AUGGCGGCGGGAAAGUACAGCAUUCUGUUCGCGGCGCUGAUCAUUGCCGUGUGCUGGACAAGUGCGGUCUUCACGGUGAAGCUGCUCCAGGAGAACUGCGACUUCAAGAAGCCUUACCUGCUCACCUACUUACAUGAGCUGGCUCUCAUGGCUGCUGCAGUUCCCUUGGCUGCCUGCGGCCAGGGCCGUCGACUAUGGGCAGCUUCGCGCCCACUGCUUUGCCGCGGCUGGGGCAUGGGGCUGCUGGCUUUUGGAGCCAACAUCUCCUUCACAGCCGCCCUGGUCUUGACGACUGCGAGCUCUGCGAUGACUCUGGAGCAGCUGACACCCGUCUUCAUCGCAGGACUCUCCUUCUUCUGCCUGCGCGAGAGAUAUCGGCCCUGCCAGCUCUUUUGGCUGGUGGUGGCUAUCGCAGGCUCUGUGGUCACAGCGCGGAGUGAUCUGAAGGAGUGUCAUGUCGGAGCUUGUGACGGCUCGCAGCCGUUGCUGGGCGACUUGCUGGUUGUGGUGACUUGCAUCACAGCUGCCCUUUACAUGGUGCUCUUUAAGCUCAUCUUUGUCCAGGGCUGUGAUUGGCAGACAUUCUUUACAUACUUCAUGGUGAAGGGCAUGGCUGUAGCCGUGUUCGGAGGCCUUGGUCUGCUGUUCCUGCCGAGCUCGCAGCUUGGGCUUCCCACAGGCUCGAAAGGCUGGUAUUAUUUGUCCAUCAACAUGAUCACCAACAUCUGCUUCAACCUGUCCCUUGCUUGGGGCAUGUUAGUCGUUAGCCCCCUUGCCUGUCGACUCUUCGUAUUGCUGGGCCUCCCGCUGUCGCUGCUUCUGGACUCCGCUCUGGGAAUCGCCAUCGUUUUCCAGCGAGUGCUCGGGGUUUUUCUGGUCACCUUGGGCGUUGCCGGCUUCGAGGCCUCCACAGGCGCGAAGAAGUCCGGAGAGCGCAGCGCAGGGGACCUCGAGAUCGAGAACGUGUCGGAUGCUCGGGACCAGGCCGAGGCCGAGUGCAUCACCAGCCCAGCCGAGCUUGCGGACGUGGAGGUCUCCGACGAAAGUACCUCCCAGAGUCAGGAGCCGACUAGCUGGGGAUCGGAGACUCUUCUACUCCGCCCGGGACACCUCAUCAGAAGGCUGCAGCCGAGCGAGGACCCUCUCAGAGCGUUCGAGCAUGCGCAGCGCGCUGCAGAUGGCGCAGCUUGGCUGCCUGAUCCCGAGGAGAUGGCUCCGCACAUUCCUCGCGGACUCCUCCUGCUGGCCCGUCUUCAAAGCCUGGAAGAUUCUCCUGUGCCCUUGCCUACUCUUCUCCCAGUCGAGGAGGUCUGCAGGCGAUGCCCGUGGAUGCUGAAAGCAGAGGAUGGCGACAGCGACGAGGAGAAAGUCGUGUUGGGCGACCGUCUUCUUCCGGCCCUCGAGCCUCGCCGGAUCGAAGUGUGCCUGAGGAAGGUGGACCCGGAAGACCUCCUGGGCUUCAGUGUGGAGGCGGAUUCAAUCCAGCCGGGCUGCUUACAGAUUGUGUCCAUCUCCGAGAAGGGCCUACUUGGACGGCGCAAUGCGGCCGUGAACCCUGCGGAGCGUGCAGUGGAAGGCUCUUGGGUCGUUGAGGUGAACGGUGUGGUGGAGAACCUGGAAGCCAUGCGCUGCGAGCUGGAGGCUCCAACCAUCUCGCUGGUCGUCCUUGUGCCGCAGCUGGAGGAGUCAGACGACUUUGGCCGGAAGAGGCCAAGCCGACCUGCUGUGAUACCGCAUGCCAAAGUUCAGGGAGAAGUGCCGCUCUGCCGAUGCAACGGUUACUGCAAGUGCGGCCUUGCCGAUGCUCUGGGGCGGGCGCGCGAGGAUCACGGGAAGUGGAAUGUGGCACAGCCGGCCCUGCGCAUCAGCAAUUUGCACCCAGCUGUGACGGAAGAAAUGCUAUACAGCUUGUUUACAGAGCUGGCGCCAGUAGCCACCUUACGUGUGGUGCGGGACACCAAGACCCUGGAGUCCGAGCUGCACGGCUUUGUGAACUUCCACACUUUCAACGAUGCGCAGAAGGUGCUGGAGGCGCUAGAUGGCAGGCCUUUGCAUGGGCGCAGAUGCUUUCUCAGCUGGUCCUCUCGAGCCUGCAGGCGCGAGGAAGCAGAAACUUGGGCACCACCGCCCCUCAUUUCCACCGAAGGCCCGCGGCAUAUCCGGUCGUACCAGCUACCCGUCGCACCUGGUAAAGUUGAGCGAGAAGGCCACGGCAACACGGCGGCGUGGCGAGGAGUGCCUAGCGAGGCCGGGUUGGGGGAAGGAGAUGAACAUAGGCAGAUCCAUCUCAAUCUGGCAGCUGCACUGGUUCCUCUGAUCAAUACACGCCUCCCCUUCUUCGCCCUCGCGGAGGAUGGCUGCUUCUGGAGCCCGGAGGAUCCUUUCGCUCCCACGCGCACGCUACAGCGGACGCCUCCCAGGAGCGAGAGCGAGUCUACGCAGACCUCCGACAGCCUUCCUGGGGUCCAGACCGCCGAGGCCUCGGUGCAAACCGAGCGGGAGGACCCCGAGCACUCUGAAGAGGAAGCCGAGGGCGCUGAAGGUGAGCAGCUCGAGCCCUGCAUGCCGCGCAGGCGAAGAUGCAGGUGCGGUGCUGGCUUUUGGUGGCUCUUGCGGCUCUGCGUCCUUACAGGACUGAUUCAGGCUCACCUGCCCGAUGAAGAUGCAGUGGCUGUCGUGGACAGUAGCUUCCUGGAGCGGGAAGCUCAGCUCCUUGAGCAGCUCGAAGUCUGCGGAGCCCAAGUCGCAGGGCUCCUCGCAAACCAGACGAAGGAUUCACCACGAUCCAACUGGUCGACGUUUCUAUGGAGGCCUGCACUGAAAACCUAUAGGAGAAGCAGCGUGGGUGAAGCCCAGUCGCAGGUAGCCCCUUGUGGACUUGGCUGGCGAUCUCCGGCCUAG